CAUAAUACAGUCAUGCCCACACCAUCCCGGAACGCGCAACUCCCACAUGUACAUCAACAACAUUACACAUUGUCAGUAGACUGAUUUUUUUAGUGGGAAAGCUACCUACCAUAGAUAUGGAGACCGCGCAAAAUGUGACACACUGACGGUACCAUUUAAUCCAAGCAAAGUAUUCAAUCAAUCAUAAUCCACAGCGAAACAACAACAGGGAACCGCCAAACUAAUGAUGAAGCAAUUACGCUUCAAUUAAUCCCAUUAGAUUACAAGGUACGCAUAAAUAAACCAACAUCAGACAAUACCGGUUCACGUUACCCUUUGCGAUGCACAAUCAUAAAAUGCACGCACAGAAUCACCUGUCUAUGGCACUCGAAAAAUGAUCAAUGAACUUGAAUUUUAAUAUCCUACACGCAAGCGCAAGCCGCAUGGUGUGGGACGGGAGGUGUCAGCUUUAUUGACAAAACUUGUCCUGUCUAAUGAGUGCGGCGAUAAACGCCUUCUCUAAGCACCGUGCUUUUGUCAAGUGCUGGAGAAAAGGUCCACCGAGCCGUCGCACUGAAAUUGUAGUGUGGAGUCCGGGUGGUUGUUCGAGUGUUUUCACUUUCAAAUUGAUAAGAGAUUGAUCAAAUAACACUUACGAAAAACAAAGCACCCUAGCCAAGCACAAUGAGAUAUUCAGCAAACGCUGUAUUCUAAAUUGUUCCCCAGAGCUUAACCCAUACAAACGAUCCAUUGUCACGGGGGGUGGCGUCGUUCCAACUCGAACACCUCAACGCGUUCUGAAGUGCACUCGUGCUGUCAAUUAGUGUCGCAAUGUGUACGCAAACGGAUCACUGUCGUCUUUGCCGCCGUUGUCGAUAUGGCAACGAUAGUUUCACGCUACCGUGGACGGUGGAGACUACCACACUAGUGAUUACAAUUCUGCUGGCUUUCGUCGGUGGUUUAUCGGAAGCCAAGAAAACCUUGGACUACUGUCGUGCAGACCUGUGUCCCGUGGGCACUCGCCACAUAGCGUGCAAUGGAUAUAGAUUCGGAGGCAACUGCAGCCGACCCAUGCUGGUCAAGAUGACACCCAAGUAUGUGAAUUUGAUACUGAACUAUCACAAUGGAAAAAGGAACCAACUGGCUUGUGGGGCGAUGCGACGGUUUGCUUCGGCUAGCUCGAUGCAGAAGCUGCACUGGAACGACGAACUGGCACACCUAGCGGAAUACAAUGCCAAAAGCUGCCACUUUGCCCAUGAUGAAUGCCACAACACUGCCCACUUCCGCUAUACUGGCCAAAGCAUCGGCAUGAAGUGGUUCCACGGUAUGAACUACACGGCAGCCCGAGUCGUGCGGGAUCUGGUCCGGAAAUGGUACCUUGAGCACAAGGAAACAAAACAACGCGAUCUGGAUCGUUUCCUGGUUACCCCUCACAGUUUCAAGAUCGGCCAUUUCACCCAGCUGAUCCACGCGGACACCACCGAAAUAGGUUGCGCCCUGGUCCGAUUUUUCAAACAUCACAACAACCUACAGUUCAUUCAUUACUAUCUGGUCUGCAACUACUCCGAAGGUAACAUCGAAAAACGACCCGUCUAUCGAAAGGGUAAACGGUGCAGCAAAUGUAAACACGGUUGUACCGGAGGAAAAUACCGCUGUCUAUGUCGCGGCUAGGAUUGACCAACACUACGUGGUCUUCACCUUGAAAACGUAAUACAUAUUCCCUACGUCGCUGAGUACCUGCUGUAUGUAUGCUAGGCUGCAAAUAGAUAGCUGAUGAACAAUAAACGUGUAAAAUAUAUUUGCUUUAAGACACGCGUCCUUAAUUGCGACAGUGAGAAAUGAGCGGAGGAUUAACAGGGUGUGUUUAUUAUUAUCAUGGUUUGGUUUUUCAACGUUUGUUUGUACGUGAUUGCAUUUGAAAAUCACUUAUCCAGAGCUCACAACAGCCGGUAGAUUGUUCUAGGUAAUGGUAGACGAUAAUAGGAGGCCUCAAUCGGGAAGUUUUGUAACGUCAGAGCGGAAGUGUGUAGAUAAUGGAGUAACUGACAUUCAAAACUUUUUAGACCCGACUUAUUUUAUAUUGAAACCCUGUACCUUACACCAUCCCCCAGUUCUAUAGCACCGAUUGCAACAAGAUAACAGAUACGCCGACAUAGCACAACAUGAUAACAAUGGAAAACAAAUUUCGAUCACGAUGAACCAACAUUGAAACUAAAACACAUAAAUUGCAUUUAAAUUUGUGAAAGAAUUUGUGGAGAGAAUAAAUUCA